AUGUGGAUUAGCUCAGCUCCAGACUUGUGGAAUGAUUUAAAACGUCGUUACUCACAGGGAGAUGUCUUUCGAGUUGGUGCGUUAAAAGAAGAAUUUUAUGCACUCAAACAAGGUGAUCUUACUGUUACCUCUUACUUUGCUAUGUUGAAAGCUAUUUGGGAAGAAUUAGAAAAUUUACGUGCUAUUCCUAGUUGUGUUGCUUGUGUUAAUGGAUGUUCAUGUGGAUUACGAAUUGUUCGAGACUAUGCUUCUGAGGAAUAUGUUGUCAAAUUCUUAAAAGGAUUGAAUGAACAAUAUUCAAAUGUUAAAUCACAAAUCAUGCUAAUGAAGCCGUUACCUGAAAUCAACACAGUACUAUCUAUGUUAACCCAACAAGAGCAAGAAUUGAAUUGUGACCCGUCAAAUAGCAACAUAGUGACUAACUCUUUAGAGGUGCAAACCUCAACUGGAGGCGGUUCAUUUUCUGGAAGAGGCAGAGGCCGUGGACGAAAUUCAGGCAGAGGAGGAAAUCAAAAAUCUUAUAGUCGAGGCUACACUUCAAAGUUUUGUAGCUACUGUAAUCGAAUUGGUCAUUUAGCAGAGACAUGCUAUAAGAAAAAUGGCUUUCCUACUCACCAAAAGCAGCGAGUAGCCAAUCAACUUAGCACUGACGAGAUAGUUGAGAAUUCUAGUGCUGAGAUUGCUGAUUCUAACCAGGAUAAAAAGAGCGAUGAUACAGUACUUGUGUUGACUCCAGAUCAGAAGGAAACCUUACUAGCACUCCUUCAACAACCACGCAUGCCAACUUCAAAUAGUGUAAACCACAUUACUUCUUCUGCCACCCUUACUCAACCAAAAGGUAGGCAUUGCUUGAGUGUAUCAUCAAAUUUUACUAAAACUUCUUGGAUACUUGACAGUGGAGCUACUGAUCAUGCAUCCUAUAUUCAAGAGUCUUUCAAAACUUUUCAUUAUAUGAGACCAGUUUUGGUAAAUCUACCUGAUGGUUCUACCACUACAACAAACAUUUGUGGUACUCCCAUCAUUGAAGAUGAUUGGGCAAGCUAA